CUUUUUUAUCCUGAUUUUUAUUAGGCCCAGGAUGGAUUAAUAACAGCAAUAUCUGUAGUUUUUCCGGAAACCAUCGCUCAUUUUUCGAGUUUUUUUACACACAGCCCUCUGUGUGUUUGGAUGUCUCUCUGCACAUCAUUACUGCAAACUUUCUGACGCGUUUUGGAACUUUUUGUGCGCUUUCAUACACCUCGAGCUGCACUGUAAUCCAGCUUGCCUGAUUUCUCAAGCGAAUCAUCAGUAUCACAUCUCGCUUGUGGCUGUACCUGAAAUAGCAACACAGAUAGCGCAACGCUUUUCGAAAACGGACUUCGGUGCCUCCUAAACUGGGGGCUGGCGCCUUUUAUGUUAUUUCUGCAUCUGUUUUGAAGAGUUUCUCAACUCUGGACGACAACAUUAUCUACCAUCUGAAAUGCUGCCUCUGCCCCCUCUCUUGCUCCUCGUUUUACCCGCUGCGCUGUUUGUGGCCGCGCAAGGCGCCGGGGACCUCCAGGGUUUCACCUUUCACCCCGACCCCUGCAUGGUAGUGUAUCCACCAUGUAUAAGUGAGUCGGACCGCUACAGCCUGGAGGCCCUGCGGAGCAUCCACCAGAUGAUGGACGAUGACCAAGAUGGAGGGAUUGAGGUUGAGGAGAGUGUGGAGUUCAUCAUUGAGGACAUGAAGCAGCAGCAGACCAACAAACACUCACACCUGCACAGAGAAGACCAACACAUCACAAUUGAGGAGCUCUGGAGGGGCUGGAAGUCGUCUGAAGUACAUAAUUGGACUCAAGAUGACGUGCUUCGCUGGCUGAAGGACUUUGUUGAGUUGCCCCAGUAUGAACGGAACUUUAAGGACUUUAGGGUCAAUGGAAACACACUUCCCAGGAUUGCAGCCAAUGAGCCUUCAUUCCUGAGUGGCCAUCUGAGGGUUCAGGACCAGAGAGACAAACAGAAGCUCAACAUCAAAGCUCUGGAUGUUGUUCUGUUUGGACCACCCACACGUCCCCCUCAUAACUACAUGAAAGACUUGCUGCUCAUUGUAUCAGUGGUAAUGGGAGUUGGAGGCUGCUGGUUUGCCCAGGCCCAGAACAAAGCCAGUAAAGUCCAUAUUGCCAGGAUGAUGAAAGAUUUGGAAAGUCUCCAGAGGGCUGAACAGAGCCUCACAGAUCUGCAGGAACAACUGGAGCGAGCACAGGAAGAAAAACGUAACGUCGCCGAGGAGAAACAGAACCUGGAGGACAAGAUGAGGGAUGAAAUCAUGGGGGCGCAGGAGGAGGCUUACCGCCUGCACGAGCUGAGGCAGGGAGCUGUCACUGAGCUCAGCCGCCUCCGAUAUGCAGAAGAAGAGCUGGAGCAGAUCCGCGGAGCACUGAAACAGGCAGAGAAGGACAUGCAGGCUAGCUGGAAUGCCUCAGAGGGCCUCCAGCUGUGGUUGCAGCUGACACAUGAGGUAGAGGUCCAGUACUACAAUGUCAAGAAGCACAGAGCAGAACUACAGCUGGGCAGUGCCAAGGAAGAGGCAGAGAGAAUAAAGAAGAAGAGGAGUUCUGUUUUUGGGACUCUCCAUGUUGCCCACAGCUCCUCUCUCGAUCAAGUUGACCAGAAGAUCUUGGAGGCAAAGAAUGCCUUGUCUGAAGUAACAGCCUGCCUAAGGGAGCGCCUCCAUCGCUGGCAGCAAAUCGAGCGCCUCUGUGGCUUCCCUAUUAUUAGGAAUCCUGGACUAGCAAAUCUCACUGCCCAGCUCUACUCAGACUCAAUCGCCCUGGGACUUCCCAGAGUACCCCAACCAUCUUGUUCAUGCCACAGCUCCCUCCAAGGAUCUAUUGAGGAUCUGUUAGAGGAGUCUCCAAUCUUACAACAGAUCCCUGCAAGUACUCCACCACUAAAACGCUCCCCACGAACACGGGGAUCCACCAUAUGUCGGUCACGUCGCCCUGGCGUGAUCCCACAGCCACCGGCUACCAUGAUCUCUCAGGACCCCGACCUACUAAUCCCAAUCAGAGCCCCAUACCCUUGCGAGGAAGAGGGGCUCUUCCUGAAAACUCUCAAGAAACAAGACUCCCAAGAGAAGUACACAGACACAGAAUAUAUGACUUCAGCUUCUCUGAGCAAAAUGUUCCCUAGUACUACAGUUGACACUUCCUCGCAAAAGAUCUAUCAUGAUGAAACUGAGCUGUUUCCAGACAGCUCCAUUACAAAGCCAUUAAGUAAAGACAUAGAAGCUGUAGUUGAAUCUCCAGUCCGCAAAACUACUGUAGAAGAGCUUGAAUCUUGUGUAGAUGUUUCCAGCAGAAAGAUGGCAAAGGAAAAAGUGGUGGAUACUUCCAUGGAAACCCCUUCUUUGAAGAUGUUCAAAGAAGAGUCUUUGAUAGAAGCUACAUCCAGGAAGAUAUCCAAAGACAGGAAUGAAGUUCCCAUGGAUAUUGCAGUUAGAAAGGUGCUUUCUAAUGAGUUGGAUACAGAAUUUCCAUCCAGGAAAGUAGAGAGAGAUACAGUUGGGGAUUUGAUGGACACUUCUUCAAGGAAUGUAUACAGAGAAAGAAGUGAUUUACCUCUGGAUGUGAGAAAGAUGAUUUGGAAUGAAAUGGAAGCAAAAAAAGAUGUUGCACCUAGGAAGAUAUCAAGAGAUAUGAUGGGGGCUUCAAUGGACAGCGCCUCAAGAAAGUUGAUACGUGAUGAUGUCGAGUUUCCGUUUGACUCAGUAUCCAAAAGGAUUACAAGAGAUGCAAUGGGAACAUCCCUGGACACAGGUUCUAGAAAGCUUCCUUGGAAUAAAGGAGACUGCCAGCUUGAUUCCUCUGUGAGGGCAUUAGCAAUGGACAAAAUGGUUGAAGCGGCUAGAACACCACCAAGAAAGAUAUCUAGAGAUGAGCUUGAGUAUUCUGCUGAUGCUUCCAUUAAAAUGCUAUCCAGAGAAAGAUUAGAAGCACUCAUGGAUACUUCACCCUCUACAGAGAAGCAAGAGUUCGGUUUAGAACCGUCACCAAGUAGGAGGAUACUGAGAGAUGAACUUGAGAUUUCGGCUGGUUCUCUCAGAAGGAGAAUACCAAGAAUGCCAAGAGAUGACCUUGACACUUCGAUAGACACUCCCACAGGGAAAUCCUCCUGGGACAGAGUUGAGGUUUCAGCGGAAAUACCUGAACAAUCAGUUCUGAGUGAGGAGUUGGGAGCAUUCGAAUCAAGUUCAUCUCCAGGUCAAAUUGGACAGCCGGACCUUACGGCAACGUCACAGGUGCCAUGGAAGUCGUCAUCAGACCUUUUCACUGGCCCACUGAGCCAGCUUGUGUAUGAUGGAAUCCUUGAGAAGUCCUGCCACUCCGUGGCUACAUCCCCAACCAGCCUGUCUGCCUCAACACCCAACCUGCCCCACAGUAGGCUGCAAGCUGAGGUGGAGCCACCAUUGCCACCACCAAGGGUCGCCUUCAAAUCUCAAGCAUCGCCCUCUGAGACUAGAGAUGAGAAGAGCAAGCAUAAGGAAAAGAGCAAGAAAUCCUUAAAGCUCAAAAAUCCGUUUAAAAAGAAAACUGAAUCUUCUCCAGAGAAGGUUCAAAGUGGCCUUCAGAAACUCUGACUAUCAACUGAGAAAUUCCUCUUAUUUUCUUUUUCUCAAUAUUUUAUUGGAUCAGAUAAUGAAAAAGUUUUAGAACCUCAUUGAUGAUAGCUCGUACGGAAAGCUGAAGCUGAUUUAUUUUCUGUUAUUAAGUCUUAUCUAGACAUAUGGUUGAUACCAUAUAUUACUUUAGAUGCAUAUUUUUUGUGGCUUUGCCUAUGGUUGAAGGAUUGAAUGAUGUUAAACUGAUGCAACUGUUUUGUAUAACAGAGGCAAUGCUUGAAUUCAGUUUAAACCUCAAUUGAGGACAUUUAUUUGCAGUAGAAAGAAAGCAAUGCAUUUUUUUCUGACAGAAAUGUAUUUUAAUAUAGUGAUGUCCCAAUCACAUUUUCCCCCAAUCCCAAUUUCAAUUAUGAAUCAGUCUAUUCUGACAUUUUCUAUACAGCUACAUGUUCUUAACAAUUAGUAAGGUCAUUUAAAGGUCCUGAAAACCUAUUUUGUCAAUAACACUCUCACUGUGAAUAGUCCCACAUUAACACACAAUUUUCUGACAGAGUUAGACCUAUUUUGUUUAUUUACCAUGACAGAUGUGUGUGUGUAAGUGCUUCUCUCCACUUGGAAAAGUGUGAUGUAAUAUAUUUCCAAGCACCAAUUUGAAUUUGAUGACAGCUGUGGGGUAAUUUC